UUCACUUACUUCCUUUUCCGCCACAUCAAUUCUUCUGAGUGGUGCAACUUUUUGGUCGUGUCCAAAAAAAUCGGACUCAUCCAACACUUACUUCGAAGAAUUGAAGAAAAUCAACUGUAUAAACAAUGCCUCCUAAGUUUGACCCAACCGCUGUUACAAUUGUAUAUGUGAAGGCUGUGGGAGGGGAAGUUCCAGCAACAUCAUCUCUGGCCCCUAAAAUUGGUCCACUUGGUCUGUCUCCAAAGAAGAUUGGUGAUGACAUUCAGAAGAACACUGGUGACUGGAAGGGUCUUAAAAUUACAGUGAGAUUGACAGUCCAAAACCGACAGGCCAAGGUUGAUGUAGUACCCAGUGCUGCAUCCCUCCUCAUCAAAGCACUGAAGGAACCACCCAGGGACAGAAAGAAGGUUAAACAUGUGAAACACAGCGGCAGUUUGACCUUUGAUGAUGUUCUGAAGAUUGCCCGUACAAUGAGAGAGAGAAGUAUGGCGAAACAUUUGUCUGGCACUGUAAAGGAGAUACUUGGCACAGCACAGUCUGUUGGUUGCCGAGUUGAUGGUAAAGCACCACACGAUGUUAUUGAUGAAGUAAAUGAAGGGGGAUACGAAAUCCCAGACGAGUAAACAAGAAACUUGAAUUGACUUGUGAAGAGAAAAACAAUAAAUAAAAAAAAAAGAACA